AAACAAACAUGGAGGAAGCUCAAAUCCUAAUUUUGACAUUCCUCUUCCUCUCCCUCACAUUCUUCUUCAUCGGAAGAAUCAAGCGAAAGCAAAACCUCCCUCCGUCUCCGCCCUUCGCGCUUCCGAUCAUCGGUCACCUCCGCCUCCUCAAGCCGCCGCUCCACCGCGCUUUCCUCUCCGUCUCUCAAUCCCUCGGCGAUGCUCCGGUCUUCUCCCUCCGUCUCGGCAAUCGACUCGUUUUCGUCGUCUCUUCGCACUCAAUCGCCGAAGAAUGCUUCACCAAGAACGACGUCGUCGUACUCGCGAACCGGCCACACUCCGUCGCUUCGAAACACAUCUCGUACGACUACACAACCAUGGCCUCAGCGUCAUACAGCGAACACUGGAGAAACCUCCGUCGCAUCGGCGCCGUCGAGAUAUUCUCGGCUCACCGGCUCAAUCUCUUUUCUUCUAUCCGCCGUAACGAGAUCCGGCGGUUUAUAGCUCGUCUCUCACGGAAUUCGUCACACGUAUCGAAUGAAUUUGCCAAGGUGGAGAUGAGAUCAAUGUUUUCCGACUUAACAUUCAACAACAUAAUCAGAAUGUUGGCCGGAAAACGUUACUACGGAGACGGCGCAGAGGACGAUCCGGAGGCUAAACGCGUAAGGCAGCUUAUCGCGGAGGCGAUGAGUAGUUUUGGCGCAGGAAACGCUGUUGAUUAUGUACCGGUCCUGCGUUGGGUCACAGAUUUCGAGAAACGGAUUAAGAAGCUUGCCGAUAGGCUAGAUGAGUUCUUGCAAGGCUUGGUCGAUGAAAAACGAGCUGAGAAAGAGAAGGGGAACACGAUGAUCGAUCACUUGCUUUCUCUGCAAGAAACACAGCCAGAGUACUACACGGACCGCACCAUCAAAGGAAUCAUACUCUCUCUGAUACUGGCGGGGACGGAUACAUCAGCGGUAACACUGGAAUGGGUGUCGAGCUUGUUGAACCAUCCAGAGGUAAUGAACAAGGCGAGAGACGAAAUCGACAAGAAAGUUGGCUUCGACAGGCUUGUGGAGGAAUCAGACUUCACAAAACUUCCUUAUCUUCAGAACAUUGUGUCUGAAACGCUGCGCUUGUAUCCUGCGGGGCCACUGCUGGUCCCUCACGUCGCAUCGGAAGACUGUAACGUCGGAGGUUACGAUAUGCCACGUGGGACGAUGUUAUUGGUGAACUUGUGGGCUAUACACCGAGAUCCUCAGCUAUGGGAUGAUCCGGAGGCUUUCAACCCAGAGAGGUUCGAUAAAGAAGGAGAGGCUCGUAAGCUGAUGGCGUUUGGGUUAGGAAGAAGGGCGUGUCCUGGGUCCGGAUUGGCUCAACGGCUAGUGAGCUUGACUCUAGGGUCUUUGAUUCAAUGUUUUGAGUGGGAAAGGAUCGGAGAAGAAGAGGUGGAUAUGACUGAAGCUGGAGGAGUCACAAUGCCUAAAGCUAGACCGUUGAUAGCCAUGUGUAGGGCUCGUGCCUCUGUUGGUGAAAUCCUCCAUGAGUCAAACUGAGUAUUUUAAGACCUAUUUAGGAAACGAGAAAUAAGUGUGUGUGUGUGUAUAUAUAUUGAAGUGUGUUUUUUUUAAGUUGUUACUAUUGUAAAUCAAGGUACAAGUAAAAUUAACAUAUAAUGUGAU